GCAGCAGCUUCAUCUGCCAUCAGUGAGCAUGCUCUCUCCUUGGAGCAGACUCAGUAGCAGCGAGCGAGAAAAAAGGAAAUCACAGGGACAGUUACAGAACAGUGAAUUGAGCAGAAAGAAAAACGGUGAAAUGACAGAAGAAAAGGAGGAGCAAUCCAAGGGCAAAAUGCCUCCAAGCGAGGUAGAUGCCAAGAUAGAUGCUAAACUCAUCCUCUAUCACUGGACACAGUCCUUCAGCUCUCAAAAGGUUCGUUUGGUGAUUGCUGAAAAGGGACUGAAAUGUGAAGAGCAUGAUGUAAGCCUUCCACUGAGUGAGCACAACGAGCCCUGGUUUAUGCGAUUAAAUGCAUCUGGAGAAGUCCCUGUGCUCAUUCACAGAGACAACAUUAUUUGUGAUGCCAACCAGAUUAUUGACUACUUGGAAGAGACAUUUACAGAUGAAAAUACCCCAAGGCUAAUGCCAGAAGAAGGAAGCAUGUACUAUCCAAGGGUUCAGCACUACAGGGAACUCUUGGAUUCUUUGCCCAUGGAUGCCUAUACACACGGCUGCAUUUUGCAUCCUGAAUUAGCAGUGGACUCUUUGAUUCCAGCUUAUGCCACAACUCGUAUUCGGAGCCAAAUAGGUAAUACUGAAUCUGAGCUGAAGAAACUUGCGGAAGAAAACCCUGAUUUGCAAGAUGCAUAUAUUGCAAAACAAAAACGUCUCAAAUCAAAACUGAUGGAUCAUGAUAACAUAAAAUACUUAAAGAAAAUAUUGGAUGAACUGGAAAAAGUUCUGGAUCAAGUUGAGACUGAGUUGCAGAGAAGAAAUGAAGAAACACCAGAAGAUGGACAGCAGCCUUGGCUCUGUGGCCAGUUUUUCAGCUUGGCUGAUGUAUCCCUUGCUGUUACAUUGCAUCGCCUGAAAUUCAUCGGACUGGCAAGGAGAAACUGGGGGAAUGGGAAACGACCUAAUUUGGAAGCCUAUUACGAGCGUGUCUUGAAGAAAAAAACUUUCUACCGGGUUUUAGGACAUGUCAACAACAUAUUAAUCUCGGCAGUUCUUCCAACUGCUUUUCGAGUUGCCAAGAAGAGAGCGCCCAGAGUUUUGGGCACUACGUUUCUAGUUGGCUUACUGGCAGGAAUAGGGUAUUUUGCUUUUGUUACUCUUCGAAAGAGAUUUCCUAACAUGCUGUUCUCAGUUAGGGUGAGGCCAAGCUCUCUGUAGAUGAGCUCACCUUUCCAACAACUCACAACAUCACAAAUAAGUUGAUCUGAGGAACAAGAUACAUUGACAUAUAUUAUUUAUUUUUGCUAAAAUGUGGUUUCAGUGGAGAGAUAAUGAUAGAAGUUAAAUGCUAUAGGAAAAUGAGAUAGUUGCUUAGAUUCUGAAUGCUGGAAACAGAAUGACUCCAUGGAAUAGCACCCUCUGAAGUGAUAUAAAGAAACUGUGUGGAGAGAGACCUGGCCUGAGCAUUGCUCCACUUCUGCAGAAUUCCUUUCAGUUUUGGCUUUUGAUUCCCACAUCCCAGGAACACCCUCCUAUGGAACUCAAUGAGCUUCUUUUUGUUCCCAGUACUGAAGAUCCAAAUCAAAAUAACUUAUUCCCUUUAUAAUUACAUCCAAUAAGAAAAAUAUAUAUGAUAUCUCGCUCUCCCCCCCCUCUUUUUUUUUUACAAAAAGGUAUUCCCUAAAAUUUUAUUAUAUCUGGUCAUUUGACAAUUUCACAUUUUUAAUGUUCAACAGGACCUGUCCUCUUCAAAUAUGCCAUUAGGAAUACACUGUACUGUAUAAUUGUGAUUGCCAUUCAUAUUUGUUUUAUAGAUAUAAGAAUAUAUUCUGUUACAUGAAUGAUUUGUUACACUGUUGUUGGGUUAUGUUCCUAAAACACUAAUUGCUGAAAUUUAACUUGCUAAAGCCACACACAUUUAAAUCACACUAUGAAGCACAUGGAAAGUAUUGGUUGGCAAUUUUCGGGUUUCAAAGGCACAAACAGCCAUUUGGCAAGGCAUGACAUUUCUGCAGAUUAUCUAUGAGGAUUAGAUAGAUUAAAGAAUUUUUGAGUCUUAAUUAAUCCUUGCAUAGAAAUGUUAUGUACCACAAUUUCAUUCAAAAGUACUGUGCAUCACACACUUGAUACUGUGAUAUAAAUAAUCAAUCUUUUAAAUUUACUGCAACCGUAUUUUUGUGCCUGUGUAUGAAUGUAUUCCAUGAUGUGCCUCGGAAAGUAUCCGCAAAUAUAUCUUUAGGAAAAAAUGUAAACAAAAUAGUAUCUGAUGAGCUCUUGUUCUGGUGUUUUUGUAUUGUGGGGUGGUGCAGGCAAUUAAAAUUAGUCUACCAAAUGGAACUGUGGUUGUUGUACAGAGAAGUCAGAAUGGAGCUUCUGCAUUAACUACACCAGCGUGCUUGUUUAGACAGACUAAACAAAAUAUGGGCUUUUGUAACAUGUAUACAAACUGCCAAACCAACUAUCAAUUGAAAAGAUAUGUCUUAAUUAAUUAUAAUUACUUAAUAAAGUUCACUAUGUGAGGUCAACAG